UACAGUCACCGAAGAACAGUACAAUGCGUCAGAUGAAUUAGUUUCAAUACUUAAGUUAGUUAUUUAAAUCCAGUUCUAUACAACUAUCUAGUAAUAUAUUUAUGUUUGAGUCACAGGAACUUAUGUGAGGUCAGGGGCAGAGGACAACCAGGGUGUGGCUGCUCAAUUCAAACGGGACAACAUUCAUCUACGCAUGAAAAGGCAUGAACUUGAACAAUACUUCGGUGCAAGCUCACCUGAGGAAGUACCAGAAUACGAAGUCAUUUCUCCCAUUCAAGUUGACAAAGCCAACAGGUUUCUUUCGCACAAUCUUAACAUUCACGCGAGGCAGAAAAGACACGCAGAAGAACCACAUGUCUGGUACUAUAAUGUCAAAGCUUUUGGUAUGUCACUGCAUCUAAACCUUACUAAGAACGAAGAACUCAUGUCACCAUGGCUGACUGUUGAGCGACACGAGAAUGGAACAGUUACUAGCGAGGAUCCACCGCACAAUACCUUCUUCAAUGGUCACGUGAAUUCGCAACCUGGGUCUUCGGUUGCCGUUGGUAAUAAAAACGGACUGAUGGGGAUGAUUCAACUGAUGGACCAGACGCUCUUCCUUCAGCCACUCGCCAGCCAUCUUGUAUGUGACAGCAAUGUUAAAGUAAACAACCACUUAAUAUACAGACGUUCAGUUGGCGAGAACACAGAAAACCAAUAUGAAGGUUUACCAUCUGAGAAAACAAUCAAACAAAAUGACGAUGAUGAUGACGAUAAUAGUCAUAAGUUUAUGGAGAUUACUCUAGUUGCUGACAAAGACACAAUACUCCACCACGGUGACGAUACCGCGACACACUUGCUCAUGCUCGCAAACUUGGUGAACGCUAUGUAUCAUCAUGAUUCUAUCGGCAAGAAGAAAAUCACCAUCUCAGUUGUGCAGGUUAAGCUUGUCAAAGAUGGACUUGACUAUAAUCAGAAUUCUGGGAACCCAACAAAGCUUUCAGCUCUUAGGAACUGGGCGAAAAGUGUCAAUAUUCCAACAUCAGAUUCAAAUCCCAAUCACCCUGACGUCAUAGCAUUAAUUUCCCGGGGAAGCAUUGGAGGCUUGGCAGAUUACAAUACAAUAUGUCACAAAAACAAAAUGAGCUUCGCGGUCAAUGCUGAUGGCAUGGGAUUCGGAACUGCUUUUAUUCUCGCUCAUGAAACUGGACACACGCUUGGCUUGAACCAUGAUGGGGGCUCAGCGAACUGUCCAAAUUAUCAAUAUAUCAUGUCUACAUCCGUACCUGGUGGAAAAAGGGCGGGAACGUGGUCUCCUUGCUCUAGGCAGAGGAUUGAAGCUCUGUUAAGAAGCGGUGCAUCCAGUUGUUUUGACGAAGCACAGCUUAAGCGCAGACCUUCUUAUAUGAAGGUCUUUAAGAAAGAUCUCCCAGGAAGGUUUAUCACGGCAGAUGAACAGUGUAAACAGCAAUAUGGAAAGGGAAACCGGCAUUGUAUACAUAAGCAGUCUGACUGUGGGGCGUUGUUCUGUACAGCCAACGGAUAUUCGUGCUAUAGCAAAGUUGCUCGUCCUCUUGAUGGAACGUAUUGUGCAACAAGACACUGGUGCAUAAGCGGUGAGUGUGUUGACGACGGGUCCCAGAUAAUAAAUGGAGGAUGGAGUAAAUGGGGUUCCUACACUGCUUGUUCAAGAACAUGUGGAGGUGGAAUACAGUGGAGAACAAGAACUUGUACAAAUCCACGACCCCAAAGUGGAGGAGAAAAUUGUAGAGGAAAGUCACAAGGAUUUACUAGGAUCUGCGAAAAAAAGGUGACAAUACCUCACCAAUUUCAGUUUUUUCUUUCAAUCAAUGAUUUAAAUACCAAAGAUAUGAAAUCAAUUAAUUAA